UCAGUUAGAGCUCAAUUGCUGAUCUGAUCAUAUCCAAGGGAUUUACUGCAAAAGAAAAGAGGCAGCUAUUUGAGUAGUACAGUAAUUUCGGCGUUCGCGCUCGGUCACUUUCAGUCCGACUUCCUUGUUGUUUUUUUUCUGGAUUGUUUUUUGUCGUGACUUUACGUGACAUUUGGUACAGGCGAUGUCGUUACCACAGCUGAGUUACCCCCAGUAUUUAAGUGCCACCCAAGCGGUGCACGGUGGCGAUCGGACGGGGGUUCUGGCCGCGUCUGCUCGGGGAAGCGCCGCUGACAUCGAUGCGAAUACGUCGGCCACAGCUGCAGCCGUCACGUCGGUGCUGGGAAUGUACGCAAACCAUUACUCCGCUCACAACUACAGCGCUUUUCUACCGUACACCAGGGCAGAUUUGGCUCUCUUCUCCCAGCUGGGUUCGCAGUAUGAACUCAAGGAUAGUCCGGGUGUUCACCCCGCGAGCUUCGCGGCCCAUCCCUCCGCCGCGUUCUACCCGUACGGACAAUACCAGUACGGAGACCCGGCCAGAGCCAAAAGUGCCACUCGUGAAUCCACAAGUACAUUGAAAGCCUGGCUGCAGGAACAUAAGAAAAACCCCUAUCCCACGAAAGGAGAAAAAAUCAUGCUGGCUAUCAUCACCAAGAUGACCCUCACGCAGGUCUCCACCUGGUUCGCCAAUGCCAGGCGGAGACUCAAAAAGGAGAACAAGGUGACGUGGGGAAGAAGCGCAGAAGAGAGAGAUCACAAAAUAUUCGACAGUGACACUGAAGGGGACGUGGAGAAGAAUGAAGACGACGAGGAAAUUGACUUGGAAAGCAUAGAUAUCGACAAAGUGGAUGAGCACAGCGGGGAUCAAAGUAAUGAGGAGGAGGAUAACGGUAAAGACCAGUCGGAAGAGGAAAACAUUGAGAAAAGACGGUCACUGGCAUCUCAAGCGCACAACGGUUUUGACAAGUCUGAUGGCAAAGACACUGCAGUACUCUCUCCUGGCGGGCAAGGUAGUUGCCAACUGCCUGCAAACAAGCCAAAAAUAUGGUCCUUGGCAGAGACGGCCACCAGUCCGGAUAACGCUGUGAAAUCCGGGUCACCCUCUGCCCCUGCCAGUCACGGUUCGCCACUGGUUCAGCAUCCGGCCUUUCUUCCAAGCCAUGGAAUAUACACAUGUCAAAUUGGAAAGUUAAACAACUGGACGAAUGCCGCUCUCUUCAGUCAAAAUCCCCUGUUGAGUGUGAAGCCUUUUCUGGGAGUAAAUCAAGGUCACCAUCCGUCUGAUAACUACGCCCGUAAACAGCAGCAAUCGACCUUGGGGGUUACGUCAUCCGCCGUAGGACUCCACAGUGAGAAUUCUCCGGAGGACUUCAGUCCCAAACAUAUAGAUCGGCAAAUGACUGAGUCACCGUCACAGACAUUAAAGUCACCGUUUCAACUCGUCCAUGACAGUUCCAGAAACCAACAGGAAGCAGCGCCGCGAGUUUUAAUGGCCCUUUCCUCGACGUGAUGAAGAUUUGUUUUGUCUGUGGAACUCUUCAUCAAAGGACAAAAAUUUCUUUGCCCCGCUGUCGCAUUCUCCCCAUACAGGAAAACUUACAGAUGGAUUCUCAUUAUUAUCCUUAAAAACAACAAAUCGCA